UAUGUUACUUUCAAGUUUUCUGGAAAUACCAUUAGAGAGCACCUAUAUUUUUUGGUACAGUCUGAAAUAGGUCAGAGGUGGCUGCUAUCCAUGCUUCUCCAGCUUUGUUGCAGUCCAGUUUAGUUUUAUCCCGCUUAAUUUGGACACCUUGCGCCAUCCGUCAUGUCCAGAAAGCAGACACCUAGCGACUUCCUGAAGCAGAUCAUAGGCAGGCCGGUGGUGGUCAAGCUGAACUCAGGUGUAGAUUACAGAGGAGUUCUGGCUUGCCUAGAUGGCUACAUGAACAUAGCUCUGGAGCAGACUGAGGAGUACGUCAACGGGCAGCUCAAAAACAAAUAUGGCGAUGCAUUCAUCAGGGGGAACAAUGUCCUGUACAUCAGUACACAGAAAGCUGUAAGACGUGCAUAGUCCAAGCACUGCAUCUUUGCAGAGACCUGUUUUAUUUUUGAUAUACUGAAGUAUUCUGGUCUAUGAUAUACAUCUACAUUCUUUGUUUGUUAUUGUCAAUAUGUUCUAAGAGAGCUGACAGUGAUUUAAGGAUAAGGAUUAACUUGAGUUCUUUGUAGAUACCAUUUUAUUGUUUUUUUCUAAGAUUUCUUUGUAGCAAACUGUAUUGACUCAUCCUAAGAUUACUUUGUAGCAAGCUAUAUUGAUGAGAAUUGGGACUAUGGAAAUACAUUGUAUUAUCAUUUGAGUACAUACAUGCUGUCAGCUGGAUGAAAGCUCCUUGGUCAAAUUUUGUACUCCUUUGUUUUAUGUAUUGUACCAUUGGUGGUGCAAAAUAAAAGCACUUCUUUUCUUCUGA